AUGCCCACGCCAGUGCAUCGCUCACUAUUGCUGGUCGUUACUGCCUUCUUUUAUGCCAGUGCUCUGGAUGUCCACUACAAGGAUUGCGGAUCCAUCGUCCCGGUAGGAGACGUCACCGUUGAACCGUGCACCCGCCAACCGUGUGAGCUGCGCAGAGGAGGAAGUACUAAAUUUGGAAUACAGUUCCAACCAGAUCAAGAUGCAGAGUAUCUUGGCCAAGCCGAGGCGCGUACUGUCGUUUGGGGAGUGGCUGUCCCCAUCACACUGCACUCGCCCCACAUAUGUGGACACGUCCAUCCAAAGUGUCCACUCAAAGCCGGACAUUGGUACAGAUACAGCACUACUAUCCACAUCGAUAAAACGUAUUCACCA